AUGGCCACACCAGCUGUGGCAGGUGCAUUGGCCUUGUUAAGAGAAUUCUUUCAAACUCGCAUGCAAAUAGCAAAUCCUAAGGGUCCUCUUCUCAAAGCAGCACUCAUUCAUAGUGCUGUUCCACUUUCGGGAACCUUCUCAUAUUCGUCGACAGAGACACCACGAUUUUCUGUUUCAGAACAAUAUGGAACGCCCAAUCCCUACGAUGGAUUCGGGAGGGUACAAAUUGGUAAUCUUUUGAGUAUGGAUGGUUCGAGCGUGGAGUUGAAAAUUCUUGAGGGUUCGUUCAAUUCAUUGAGCGAUACUGCAAAACUAUGCUUCCGAUUGAAGAGUGCUCUGAAUGCAAACAAUGGAAACACAUUUUUCAAAGCUACGUUAGCGUGGUAUGAUUAUCCUUCAAGCGUUGCUGUAGCUGCCACUCUUGUUCAUGAUUUGGAUUUAAUAGUGAAUCAUUAUUAUUUAUCUGGCACUGAUGGUACAACCCAAAAGAAUAUGACACUCUAUUUUGGGAAUGGCUGGUUCAAUGAAACUGAUAUCCACAACAAUGUGGAACAUGUUGAGGUGAACUCGAUCACCUUAAGCGCUUCCAGUAGUGACUCUCAAAUGAUCAGUGUACAACUCCUAAAUAAGGGCAUAUCUCGAGCUCAAGAAUAUCAUGUGGUUACUUCAUUUGUUCAAGGUUAUUGGGAGGUGCUGCCAACAAGCUCAUGUGUCUAUAAGACAUUUAUUGAACCCACACCUGCAGCAAGUGCUGUAGAUUCUGGCUGCACCGUAGUGAUCAAUAACACUACUACGAGCAAUAAUGAAACGUCCUUUCAAAACGGAACUAUUGUUGGUAAUUCUACAAACACUUGUGUAAACUGCACAAGCGACAUUUCAAACAGUACCUUCAUUGCAAAUACCAAUAGUACUAGCAAUAACGAAACCAUUGCCAACAAUUCCACAACGUGUUUGAACUGUUCCAUAGGAGGAUCAACCAACAAUGAAACCACAAUCACAAAUGGAACAAUGGUCAAUAUCACUUCUACGAACAAUAAUGACACGACAAACCAAAAUGGAACUAAUGUUGGUAAUUCUACAAACACAUGUGUAAACUGCACAAUCGACGUUGUAAAUAACACCUUCAUUGACAAUAACUCCAAUCAAACCUAUUACGAUAAUUCUACAACAUGCUUGAACUUUUCAACCGACGCUUCCAAUAAUACUGUGUUUGAUAAUUCAACAUUAGUUGAUAAUUCUACACUCAGCUCAAACAAUAGUGAAAUACCAUCCUUCAACCAGACAAAUGAAACCAAUUACGAAAGGAACAACUCAUACGUGACGAAUGAAACAACCUCCUCCAAUUAUACUAUCACAAACACAACAAUGAACAAUGAUACGAGUGCGGAUUCUAAUCGAACAGAGAAUUAUUAUUGCAUGGGAAUUCUGUAUUCAAACAUUACAUUUGUAUGUAGUGGUAACGGAGAUUGUGUUAACGAAGAUGAUUGUAAAUGUAGAGAGGGUUAUUUUGGCCAAGAUUGCUCUGUUUCAAAAUGUACAGAUCUCAACAACUGCAGCCUUAAUGGCCUUUGUAUUGCUCACAACAAUUGCUCAUGUUUUCCAAACUUUUUCGGCGAUGAUUGCUCUUCAACGAUUCCCUCUUUACACAGUAGAUGUGUUGAGGUGUCUCGAGAGUAUACACUUUUUUGCAACAAGACAGUCUUCAUGGAUCAUGAAAUUCUAUUUACUGAUGAAUUUGGAACGGUAUCCAAUCUCUCUCACAUUUAUGACGGAAAUGCACAAGCUUGCUUCACCACACUAGUGUCGAAUCAAGCAGCCUCUUGCGAUGAGAAAUGCCAAAACUCUCUCAAAGAGUUUUGUUGCCUUGACGCGUUUCCAAGUUGCAACAGAAUUGACUUGAGUGAGGAACGCAUGUGUAGAGAUACAUGUGAAUGGCUCGCAGCAACAUCACAAGUGGUGUUACCAUGCGACAAGUAUCCAUCAAAUGAAAGGUGCAUGAACAUUUCGUUUAGUAACGAGACCACACAUUUCAACAACAAUACGACACCUUCCUUUUCGUGCAAUGAGAUAGAGAGUACAGACCUCUUUUCAGUGUGCUCAGGAAGAGGUACAUGUAUUGCACAAGACACUUGUGAAUGCAAUGGAAAUUUUGACGCAAGCACAUUUUGUGCCACCUGUCUCAAAGGUUAUGAAGGAAAGUAUUGCAAAGAAAAGAUGAAUGGUUCAUUACCAGAAACAACUCCAUUCCUGUUGGAUCCAUAUUCCUUUGGGUUCACUUUGGAAGGAGAUAAAAUUGUAGGGGUUGUCGUAUCUUCUCCGCCCUGGCCGCCUGUGGUUACUUGUGACAUGCUGAUUGCUCCCGAUGAUUUGACCCUUCUUGGAGACUUGGCUACUUGUUCCCUUAUCUCUGGUACAACAACGUCCACAUUAGAAAUUUCACUUGGUCUCAAUCCAACGGUAGUGGAUCAAAGUAUUAUUCGAUUCGUGGCAACUAAUCCUUUCGAUUCAAAUACGGCACUGAUUCCUGUGUAUGCACAAAUUGUGAUUGGUCUUGGUAGAUUUGUACCACUUCCUCCUCAUAUUGUGCUACUUUAUAACAAACCAUCCAUUUCCAUCUGUGAUGAUGUGUUUAUUGAUGCAUCAGGUUCUUCCUCAAAUGAUAAACGUCCGUUGAGGUUUUCAUUCGUUGCUGUCUCUGCUCCCUCAAUAGUUGACCUGAAUCGCUUAAACUUAUACAUACAGUCCACCUAUGUCAGUCAACUCGAUGGAAACACAGCUGCAAGUACCUCCACUCUGUACAUCGACAUGCAAACCAUUCGAUCCUUGUCUCUGGGUUCCUACGAGAUUGCAGUUCAAGUAAUCUCAAUGUUCAAACAGAACACUACCAAAUCCGUUGCAUUCACAAUUCUGAAAGAUGUUGUACCCUCCUUGAGUAUUGAUAAGGGCUUUUCUAGUACGGUUGUGAUUGGAAAAGUGGUCAUGUACACGCCCAUCAUUUCAUUCCCAACCUGUUAUUUUGGAAAUGGUGCAGCCAAGUUCAGUUAUUCAUUGGAUCAUACCAAAGAAUCUGCCUCUCCUCAAGUGUCAAUAACAUCACAAGACUCUGUGCUGAUAUUCGGUCCAGGUUAUACUGAACUGCCACAAGAGGGUGCCUAUUACUUUGUACUGAAAGCAGAGAGUGACAACGCCAUGACCACCACGCUUUCAUUUACUGUGUUUGCUCAACUGCCACCUCUCUCAAUAGCCUUCGAUAAAGGUGACUUCACCAUGUCUGCUGAAGAGACACUUGAAUUCCGAGUGGUGACUCAAGACCCAAGCCAAAUUCACAACCUUACAGAAUCCGAAGUGAUUGAAAUUGUGUGUUACAACAUGACACAUGAGAGCAUGAAUCAAACUACUCUGUGUGAAAAUAUUGCGUUGCCAAUUACCACCUCUUAUAAGACCUCUCUUACUCCAGGAAUUUAUAAUUUUGCUGCACAUGUCACAAAGGGUCAAAGAAGUGCGACAACUUCCAUCGUUGUUAAUGUUGUUUCAACACCAAAGGCCUCUCUUCUACGUGUAUCCAUCCUUAGAAUCGACGAAAUGAGCAUUUCGGAAGACAAUGUGCUUGGUGCAGGUACUGCCUUGGUGGAUCCUUCAAAGCCACUCGUGUUGUGGUCGUAUUGUGAGGAAGAGUUGGCAAGACCAACCUAUUUGUGGUCGGUACAAUCUGGAUUGGGACAGACAAUAUCUUUCACGAGAGAAACUCUCUCAAAAAGUUAUUUAACCCUUCCAAAGGAUCAAUUAGUUCCUGGUAGCUCAUAUUCCGUGUCGUUGCUUCUUCAAGACACUGCUGGAUUAUCUCGAAGUGGGUCUGCCAAAUUCAGCUUCACGGUCAACUCACCACCGAGCGUGGGCAAUUUAGAGAUUCUCCCAUCUACAGGAUCAGCCCUAACAACGCAAUUUUAUAUCAAAUGUGGAAAUGGAUGGUUCACUUCAAAUACCCCACUUACAUUCAAAUUCUUGUAUUAUGAUGAAUUGAAUGACUAUUGGGUUCCAUUGGCAGAAAGAUCAGAGAUGCAGUCGAUCAAAACUCUCCUUCCCAACACCUGUCUAAAUACUACAGAAUGUCAUUUAAGGGUAAAAGUGAUUGCAUUCGAUAGAUUUUUAGCUUCCUCGGAGGUAGAAUCGAGUGUUACCGUUGAGAAACCAAGUACAUCAUUCGCCAUAAGCACUCUCUCCACUCUUACAUCCAGAAUGUCCUCAAGUAUCCUCGAUAUGGCCUCUGUCACAACAUCUCUUGGAGUUAUUUCCUCAUUAUCACCUGAAACAACAACUCUUCAACAGAGAGAAGCCUUGUCGAAUGUAACCACAACGAUUGUGAAUGCGUUCAUUCAGAGCAAAUGGAUCAAGUCAAGCACUCAAACCACAGAUUCUGUGAGCGCAACUCUAUCAGUGUUUUCAUCGAUGAAUGCGGGAAUUCCAUUCCUCAAGCAAACUGCAUUCACGGCUGUUAUUGAUGCUCUUGCAAACGUAACUGCUCUUGCGGCAAGUAGCUCUCAAAUUGUAAUUAGUGAGAAUAUUCUCAAUUCUACCAAAAAGAUUUGUGACUCAUUGUUCAAUUAUGUCAAGGAAAAGGGAAUUCAUUCUAGCAACAUUGCCAAACGAAUGAAUGUACAACAAAUAGUCAAUGUGUCAGAGCUAGAUGUAAUUAAUAAUGCCUAUGAGAAUUUGGCCAUUUCGUACUUGAAGUCCUUCGCUCCAGAUAUGCCUCCAUCCCUCAUUGCAACUCCCUACUCUGUCCAAUAUUCCAUACGAUCGAGCAUGGCCUCAUUACUGAAUGGCUUACAAGGAAAGAUGGAUCGCAAAAAUUCAUUUUCCCUAUUCCCCAGUUUGAUUUCUAAUCCAGGAAUAUUGUGGUCCAUGAAGAACCUCGAUAUUCAUAUGAAGAGCUACGAUAUGAAAAAUCAAAAUGAAACCAUCCAAACUCUUUUUAGUCGAUCUGAGGUAUUGAGAAAUGCUGUAUCGAAUAUUGUUGAAUUUGCUGUCAUGAGAGCGUCCAACCCAACAGAACGAUUGCGUCUCGAAGGAGAUAGCCCAUUGGCCAAUAUAACAUUUGAGAGAUUGGAUAAUGCCACUGCAAUUUCGAGAACCUUCUUGGAGACCAGAGGUGCAAACCAAGUGUUUGGGUGUGCUUUCUGGAAUGAGGAUCGAAGAAUAUUUGAAGUUGUCAACUCUACGUAUUACAACAACUCAUGCAAAAUUGUGGAGGCAAAACGUGAAACCGUCACUGCACAAGUAUUUAGGACUGGACUUUUUAUGGUUGUGACAAGUCCUGUAACGGGUGUUAAUCCUGUGGUGCCAGGAAAAUCGCCAACACCCAUUCGCUCACCCCAGCAACCAACCGUUGGAAACAAUGAUUUUGAUAUUGCUGUUGCAGUUGUGGUGUGUGUUAUAAUUGCAGUUGUGGUAGGGUCGUGUUUCAUGGUAAUCUGUUUGUAUUUAAUAUGGAGGAAGAUUAAGAGGAAACGACAAAGAGUGAUCCAAAUGCAUGUCACACAUUCCCCAAUGAAAAUGUUUCCUGUAAUCGAGCAAGAACAGAUUGAGUUACCAUCUAUUGGGACGGUUUAG